GUUCGUCGUCCUCGACCGUACGUCAUCCGCGACCUCCACACGCCAGACAUCAUGGGCCUCGUCGACUAUGCUAGUGGCAGCGAAAGCGAAUCUGAAGAGACCCCCGUCGUCGUCAAAGCACCUCCAAAGGUUGAAUCAAAACCCGCGAAACCAGCAGCGAAACGACCCCCCAAGAAGAUAGCAAUUGCUCUUCCAGCUCUUUCAGCCAAACGGCCAGGAGACGACGACGAUGACGACAAAAAGGACGCACCGCCGGAAAAGAAACCAAGAAUUGGCGCAGGCAAAUCGACUUUGCUCUCUAUGCUGCCCACCCCACAGCGGACAACACCGAUACAGCAACAACCACAGAGAGUACUAGGUGCUGGGACAGGACCUGGAUUAGUAUUCAACACGAGUAGACCAACGCAGGCCGCACAACCGUCUGAUGGGCCUUCUGUUGAAGAUACUCCAGAGGAGGACGACGACGACAAGCCUAAACCCGCUGAACCUGAGCUACCCCGGUCGUCUCUAUCUUCUUUAUUGCCACCCUCAUUACAGAAACGUCGACCUAACGUAUCCCUGGAAGAAACCCCUGCAAUAAGGACUCCUCCAACCAAACCGCCCUCAUCCGCACCAGCAGUCGACUUCUUUGGUCUGGGGAACGCAAGCAAGUCCAGUGCACCUUCAAUUCCUUCUUCGUCAUCAUCAACAUCUUCCUCCACACUCCCCUCAAUACCCUCCAUGUCCGCGGCACCUUCUGUCCCUGAAUUUAAACCUCCUGAACCUACGCCCUACGACCCUUAUCCUGGAUAUUACCAGCUCCCAUCAGGUGCCUGGGCACAGCACGACCCCGAAUACUAUGCUACGUUUAUGAAGAAAUGGCAGAAGGAGUAUGACGCCCAUGUUCGUGCGCUGGAGAAGGGUCAUGUCAAGGGCUUCGAGGAUAUGGAGCAGGCAGGAAUCCAGGAUGUUGACCCGGUAAAGGAGAUGGAGCGCGCAAAGAAGGAGAUCCAAGAACGAGAGGAGCGCAAGGCGUUGACCAAGGGCGCUGGUGCCGGACCAUCUGUUCCAAGGAUGAAGAUCACUGCAAGCAAGAUGAGCGGUAUCGCACGAGCGAGAGGACAACUUUCCACUUUGCUAAGGGACGCUUACGAGAACCGCGAAGCCUUGGAAGAAAAGAUUGCCGAAGGGAAGAGGAACAGAAAGGAGGCAGGCAACAAAUACGGUUUCUAACCAUGUUGCUCUAUUCUGCCGUUGUCACGAGGCCGACCAUUCCAACUGCUCCUUCAUCGUCCACACACCAUACCUUCGCCUUUGACGGACCGAUCCAGGUCCCAUUGAUAGUCAACACCCGAUUGACGUACAUCGGAUUGGUCGCGCGAUAUUCAAACUCUUUGAGGUGCACCAAUGGGUUGUGGAAGUUGACAGUUUCCAGCAACAUCGUUGCAGUCAGUGGUCCGUGGACGAGGCGUUCUAGACGCCGUGUUAUUGAACUUCCCAGCGGAGACGGUCGUAUACGUACCUGGGUAUCCCUCAACUCUUGUUGUAUAGUCCUUGUCGAGAUGGAUAUGAUGCGCGUUGAACA